UACUAUUUUUAUAUCUAAUAGACUGACAAUGCAAAUAAAAUCAGUCAAGAUGGAUCAAACAAAUUUACAGGAAAGAAGCUGCCAGCAAUUCCUCCAGACAGAUCUAUUAAUGAACAUAAAUCUUCAGUUAGUCUCAAAGAACAGCACCCAUUAAAAACAGAAGCCACGAAAUAUGAACAAAAUAAUAUUGAUGAAAUGCAAGACAAUGUAUUUGAAGAUUCAAUACCAACUUCUGAAACAAGAAAAGCUGCCUUUUCAUCUGAUCAGAUUUCACCUGUAGCUUCUUCACCACCACCACCACCUCCACCACCACCACCACCACCGCCUCCACCUCCUCCUAUUCCGCCACCACCUCCAUUAUCAUCAUCUGCUUCAUCUUUACCCGAUUCAGAUCAAAUACCAUUACCAUUACCACCAGAACAUGAUACGUUAGUAGGAGAAGUUGUUAGUUCAUCAACAGUAUCAAGUAAAACUAGAACUGUGGAAACCAUUACAUAUAAAAUGGAACAUGAUGGAAUUGUUGAAACAAGAGUGGAACAAAAAAUAACAAUUCAAAGUGAUGGUGAUCCAAUUGAUCAUGAUCGAGCAUUAGCUGAAGCAAUUCAAGAAGCGACUAUGAUGAAUCCAGAUAUGACAGUUGAAAAAAUUGAAAUACAGCAACAAACAUCAAGUCAAUAACAUAAAGCCAUCUUAAAUGCUGUGAUGCUGCUUCAAUUUGAAUACAAAAUAAACAAUUUCAAGCAAGAAUAUUAUUUUUAUUUUCAUGUGAAAAGUGAAUAAAUGUAGAGAAGCUAAAUCACCAUCACAUAAAAGACUGCUGAAUUUAAGGUAUUUCCACUGAAUAAAGCAUUUAUGAAUCCAAAGGAUUAAAUUUAAAAAAAUGAUGCUUGUUGUAAUUUUAUAAUGUAAUCAAACUAAUAUUCCUAAGAUAUUUUCAGCAGAGCUUCCUUAAAGAUUGUUUUCUUCUUUUAACAAUGGUGAAAUCAGAAAAAUAGCACCAAAAAAAAAAUUAUAUAUAUAUACAUCAAAACUAUUUCCCCAUUCUUUUUACUCAGCAUUGAAGUAAAUUGACUUGUAUGGUGCUUAAUAUAACUUAGAAAAGUUUAUUAACACAUACAUCUUUUCAAAUUUUUAUAAACAAAUAAUAAGAAAAAUCUUUUAUGCAUUCUUCAAGUUGAUUUUUAUAAAAGAAUUACUGUAUAACAAUAAAAAUCAGCAAUUAGCUUCUGUGAAAUUGUUUCAAACCUAUUUUGUCAUUCAGUAAAUAGUUUGAUAGUGAUUUGAGUAAUUGUUAAAAUUAUUUAUUCUUAUUUUAAAUUAUUUUGUUAAUAUCAUUUUUCACAUUAAAUUUGUUAAAAUUUUAUCA